GUGACCUAUAAAUGGCUGAGCUAUACACUAGGAGUUCAUGUUAAUCAGGCCAAACAGUCUGAAUUGGACUGUGCGAUGCUUAUGCCUUUAAGACCUGAAACCCUUGACCCAGGCAUGGAUUUGGACCGGUUUUGAUUCUCUCAGAUGGCUGCUGCUAAGACCAUUUUCUGGUCCAAGCCCAGGAGGUUCAGGAUGUUGUAUGAUUAUGUGGAAAGAAAGCGGAAGGAAAAUUCUGGAGCCCAAUUGCACGUCACCUAUCUGGUGUCCGGCAGUCUCAUUCAGAAUGGCUAUUCCUGCCACAAGGUUGCAGUAGUGAGAGAAGAAAAGUUGGAAGCAGUGAAGUCCAAGCUAGCCGUGACUGCCAGCAUCCAUGUGUACAGCAUCCAGAAAGCCAUGCUAAAGGACAGUGGGCCUCUGUUCAAUACCGACUAUGACAUCCUUAAAAGCAACUUGCAGAACUGCAGCAAGUUUAGUGCCAUACAGUGUGCAGCUGCAGUCCUUAGAGAUCCUGCUGAGUUCUUGUCUUGUGAAAAGCAUGAGCCAUCAAAUCUUCAGGAAUCAAGCGAGACACAAGCCAAUAAUGAGUUGACCACCAAUGGUCAUGGACCACCUGCUUCCAAACAGGUCUCCCCGCAGCCCAAAGGCAUUAUGGGAAUGUUCAUUGCCAAAGCUACUUCUAAAACUCAAGAAACUAACAAGGAAAGCAAAACGGAGGUUAAAGAGGUAACAAAUGUAUCUUCAGCGGGCAGCAAGGCACCGGGGAAAGGGAAUAUAAUGAGCAAUUUUUUUGGAAAAGCUGCUAUGAAUAAACUUAACGUUAACUUGGAGUCAGAACAAGCCGUGAAAGAAGAAAAAUCAGUGGAGCAGCCCCCAGUGGCUGUCUCUGAAGUAAAGCUGGCAGCCCCUGCAGGCCUGAAGAAAUCCAGCAAAAAAGCAGAGCCUGUUAAGAUGCAGCAGAAGGAAAAAAAAAGGGGGAAACGAGUGGAGUUAUCUGAUGAUGAGACAAGAGAAACUGAAAACAUGAAGAAAAAGAGGAGACGGAUCAAGCUUCCUGAGUCCGAUAGCAGUGAGGAUGAAGUCGUACUAGACUCUCCUGAGAUGUAUGAAGCUGAGUCACCACCCCCUGCUCCUCCUGCUUCUCCACCUCCUGAACCAGUACCAAAGACUGAGCCAGAGCCUCCUGCCACCAAGGGCUCGAGUGGAGAAAAGAGAAGAAAACGAAAACGUGUGCUAAAAUCUAAGACUUACCUGGAUGAGGACAACUGCAUGGUGACUGAGAAAGUCUACGAGAGCGAAUCCUGCACAGAGAGUGAAGAGGAGUCGAAGAUGAAGACCUCUGUGCACAGACCUCCUACCACGGCUGUGAAAAAAGAACCCAAGGAGGAACGCAAGGGCCCCAAGAAGGGGCCUGCUGCUCCGGGCAAAGCCCACAGACAGGCGUCCAUUACUGGCUUCUUCCAGAGGAAGUAGGUGCCAUCCUCCCUAGGGCCGAGAGAAGACCAAGAGACAGAGAGACUCUUUCACUUACUGUGUAAGUUCAUCUAGCUCCUCGCCCCACCUCUGUCAAAAGACUCUUCCACCACCUGGGCCAGCUUAUCCUGUUUCUGGUGUUUAUUAACCAGAAGGAAAUCGCCGGGAUUCAAGAGACAAACGACUAGUUAAAAGCUGGUACCUUCUAAUAACACUUGAAAGCACAACAUGACCUGUCCAGGAGAAGAAUUUGUGCCAAAAAUAAAUUGCAACGUGUUCAGAAUUA